AUGGCAAAAAAGUUCGUACCUCGUCAGAGGAAGCACAAGGUGCUGGCUCGUGAGAAAGCCCAGGAGAGCGCCCGUCAUGAGGUGCAGGACAGCAACACGGAGGUCCUUCCGGCCCGCGAAAAGGACCUGGAGGAGAAGAAGAAGCAGAUGAAAGAUGAGCUGCGACAGGAGGGUGUGAAAGUCAGCGGGAAGAAGGCGAAGCGUCUAGAAAAGUACAUCGACAGUAAGCUUCGCAAGGAUGAGACCAGGGAACUACUGGCUAAAUUGGCUGGGAAGAAGGUCGACACUACGUUGUUCAGCAGCAGCAAGUCGCUUGGUUCUGGAAAGGAGACCAAGAAGCAGGAGCUUGGGCGUGCCCUAAAGGAACAGCGGGCGGGACUAGCUGGUGAUGCCUCGCGCGAAAAUCUACUCUAUGAGGAGCGCGAGGAUGCGGAUGCCCAAGAACUGGACAAUUCCGGCGAGGACGGAGAAAAAGAUGAUGAAGUGAUGGGCGACGACGAUACUUCGCCAGCACAGUCUGCACCAGCACCAGCAACUGAGAAGCCAGUUGCUCAGGUUGUGAGCGCCCCGAUCAUCGGUGCAGGUCUCAAGAGGCCUUUGGACGUGGGUGAUGAUGGCCGACCUAUCAUUCCAAAGAGGCAAAAGCGUGGCGGAGUAAAGUCGAAAGUAACAAGUCUCCCGAUUCAGGUACCGACCGAGGAAGAAUCGGAUGAAUCAGAGGAAUCAGAGUGGGGUGGCUUUCAAAGCGACGAGGGCGAGGAUGACAGCCAAGAAGACGACACAUCCGACCAGGACUCAGAGGAAGCAGAGGAUGACGAGAGUCAAGAAAAUGGCCCUUCCGAAGAGGAUAAUGAGAGUUCAGAUGAGGACUCCGACGACUCCGAGCCAGAAGAGGAUGGUGGCGAAUCCAAAGGUGCAAGGUCAUCAGCAUUCAAGGCCUGGGCCACUCAACAGCGGAAUGAAGCUCUUGGAUUCAACCCGACAGACGAGAUUUCCACUUCGAAUUUAGUGAUACCCAAGCCUGAUAAUUUUGUUCCUCGAGCCCCCGAGCAAGACCCAUUGCCAAUGGAGCUCAAGCCGACCGAGAGAAUAGACAGGAAGGUAUUCAGCGUGUCUGUCACACGGACACCAGAAAUUCAAGAAGCUCGGCUCAAGCUACCCGUCGUUUCCGAGGAGCAGAGGCUGAUGGAAGCCAUACAUAACCACGAUAUCGUUGUAGUCUGUGGUGCCACUGGUUCAGGAAAGACGACUCAAAUCCCUCAGUUUCUUUAUGAAUCCGGCUACGGAUCACCAGAUUCGCCCACUCCAGGGCUAAUUGGAAUUACUCAACCAAGGAGGGUGGCGGCAGUCAGUAUGUCGCGGAGAGUUGCCGAGGAACUUGGUGACCAUUCGGACCGAGUGGCUUACCAGAUCCGAUUCGAGGGUACUGUCAGCUCCAAGACCGCCAUCAAGUUUAUGACUGAUGGUGUUUUGUUGCGGGAGAUCGCUCAGGAUAUUACACUGCGAAAGUACUCUGCAAUUGUAAUUGAUGAGGCUCACGAGAGAAGCGUUAACACAGAUAUUCUUAUCGGCAUGCUCAGCCGAGUGAUCAAGCUACGGGCUGAGCUUUCCAAGGAAGAUUCCUCAGUCAAGCCCCUAAAACUGAUUAUCAUGUCUGCUACCCUCAGGAUAGAAGAUCUCACAAUGAACCCGACGUUGUUCUCAACACCGCCUCCAGUCCUCGAAGUUGAGGGACGUCAGCAUCCAGUCACAAUGCAUUUCUCGCGACGGACCUCUUCUGAUUAUGUCGAGGAAGCGUUCAAGAAGAUCAGCCGUGGACAUCGCAAGCUUCCGCCUGGCGGCUUUUUGGUUUUCUUAACUGGCCGUAACGAGAUUCUUCAACUUAGCAAGCAAUUAAAGGCAGCUUUUGGAGGAAUGCGGUCUGCAGAACCCCCCAAAGUUCAAAUUACAGCCAACGAAGCUCCAGUUGAAGUAGAGGACAUCGAGUUUGGGGAUGCCGAUGAGAAUGCUGGGGAUGAGUUCGAUGACAUCCUCUCCGAGGGAGAGGAAGAAGAUGAGGAAGAUGAAUUUCAGAUUGAAGACGACCAGGAGGCAGCGCCUCUCAAGAUGCAGGUCCUCCCACUGUAUUCCUUGCUUCCAACCCGUGAGCAGCUUCGCGUAUUUGAAGAGCCUCCUGAAGGAACUCGUCAAAUCAUUCUGGCCACCAACGUUGCAGAGACUAGUUUGACCAUCCCAGGCACGAGAUAUGUCUUUGAUUGCGGAAGAUCAAAAGAAAGACAUUACGAUCGACUUACGGGUGUUCAAAGCUACGAGAUCGGGUGGAUUAGCAAAGCCAGCGCUAACCAGCGUUCUGGUCGAGCUGGUCGUACUGGGCCUGGCCAUUGCUAUCGGCUUUAUUCUUCAGCUGUCUACGAGAGAGAUUUUGUGCAAUUCUCAGACCCAGAGUUGCUACGCAUGCCUAUUGAAGGCAUAGUUUUGCAGCUCAAAGCGAUGAAUCUUCAGCAUGUGGUAAACUUUCCCUUCCCAACUCCGCCGGAUCGACGACACUUAGCACGAGCCGAAAAGCUUCUCACAUAUCUCUCAGCCAUAUCGGACAGUGGGCAAGUGACUCAGGUUGGUCAAACAAUGUCUGUGUUCCCACUCUCGCCUCGGUUUGCCAGAAUUCUCCUUGUUGGGCACCUGCAUGACUGUUUGCCUUAUACAAUCGCUCUAGUUGCAGGCUUGUCCGCAGCCGAUGUCUUUCUUCCAGAGAAUACGGCAGUGCCAGCACUUGCAGCCAAGGAAAAUGUGGACAUCCGGACGCAAUCUGCGGUUAUUGCAGAGGAUCAACAAGCACAGAUCAGGCGAGUCUUCAACGAGGUCCACAGAAACUUCUGCUUCCUCGAUGACAAGUCUGAUGCAAUCAAGCUUCUUCAAGUCGUUGCUGAAUUCGCGCACGAACCAACGGAGCAAUGGUGCGAGAGCCAUUUUGUUCGUUUCAAGAUACUCAAGGAAAUCCAGCAACUACGCAAGCAAAUCACCGAGCUUCUACGGGUUAACGUGCCUGCCUUUGCGAACUUGAAGUACCAGGAUAAGCUUGAUCCCCCAUCUCCCAAGCAAGUGGCUGCCCUCAAGCAGAUGGCCGCAGCUGGCUUUGUCGACCACAUAGCCAUCCGAGCCGACCUUGCACCGACUCCACCAGAGCAGUAUCGAAAACCAAGACGGGCCAUUGAUGUACCAUAUCUGCCUCUUCUUUCCGUGCAAGAUCAGGAAUCGGACGGCACGGUAUACAUACACCCAACGUCUCCCCUGGCGCAUCUGAGCACGCAAGAAUGCCCAGAUUAUAUCGUUUACUCAUAUCUGCAACGAUCAACACCCUCAGGCCUAGACUCGACCAAGACACCAAAGACUAGGAUGUAUUCUCUUACGGAUAUAUCUGGUGCCCAAAUAGCUGGACUGGCCAAGGGAACACCACUAUUAAGCUACGGAAAGCCCAUAAAGGAGAUCAAAGCCUCGACUGGCGCAGACGGGAUAAUGACAAGGGAGGUUUGGGUUGUGCCAUAUUUAAGAGCUGAAAAUUCCGGUGGGCAAGGCUGGCCGCUGCCCGCCAAAAAGGUCAAGCAGAAGAAGCUACCUGGGAAGGGAUGGGUAGUUGAAUAA